AUGGCCAAGAACAUGACACUUCUAUGGUGCACCUUCUCGGCUCCGUGCUUGCCGGUUAUGAUCUCUCCGUAUCACUUUGUGCUGGCGGGUUAUGAACAGGGAUACAUCCAGACGCUGUUGGACUUCGAUAAAGAAGAACACAAAUAUAAAAUAGUCAUGGACCUCAACCCCCGGGGUGAACUUCCUACAUUCAAACACUGGAACUACAUAGUGAAUGAGUCCUAUGGAGCAUGCAUGUAUCUGGAGAGCCAGUUUAGGUCCCAGGAGACCCCUGGGGGUCAGGUAGAGCAGGCCCUGAUGUGCCAAUGCAUGUUUGAGGGCCGAACCUUCUACGAGAAACUCAGUAAAGUGGUCUUCUAUGAGUAUUAG